UCUAGUCAGUUCCGGCGAAGCGAAUGGCCUCUGGCCUCUGGCCUCUUUCUUCACAUUUUCUUCUGGAGCUGGGAGCUGACUUGCUCUGCUCAAAGCAGAAGCAGUGAGCUCAUCAAGAUCCAAGACAACCGCUGGAGUGGAAGGAGGGUCUAUUCUUCUCUCAGCUCUCAUCCAUUGUUCCAAAGCCUCCACAGGCACAACUGGGCUCUCCCCAGGCCUGGGCGCCAUGGCAACAGUCACAUGACCCCACAAACAGCUCUGCUGGGGCUGGGCUGCUCAGCCUGCUUCUCUCUGAAGGGAGCCUGGAGUUUGCGAUCUGAGAUGCUGCAUAGAGCCCCCCAGCUGACCACCCCUUGGGCUAAUAGGGACCUGCAGAGAGCCUGGGAGAAAACCUACCAGGACCACAGGAAAAAGGUCCAGAAUGCCCAGCCACUAGUGGACACCCACCCACCCCAGACUUACAGCCACCUCUACCUGAAGUUCAAGAAGCUGAAGAUGGAGGAAGAAAGACUCUCCGUCAUCAACAGAGACAACUGUCUACUUCUGCAGAGGGUGGCCUCUGCCAUGAGAACCAGGGGACAGACUGACAGCAGAAAUCACUUCACACACAGAAGUCUAAACAGGAAGACCAGAAAACAGGCGCACAUGAAAGCGCAGAAACAAAACAAAGUCGUCCUGGAAAGACUCCCAAGCUCAGAGCCCUGGUAUGGAGCACAGAGACCGUGGGAGGAUUGGGCUGCCACCGCCAGACGUCCCUGCAAAAGCAGACGCACCUGGAGAAAAGACACGGCUGGCAUGUCCAGAGGUUGGACUCGCUCAGAAGAGAAGCAGACACCUAUGAACUGAAGUCCCGUCAUGCUGAGAGGCUACUGCAAAACAAACAAAAAAAAGUCUGGAAAGUACAUGAAACAGCUGGGCAGAGCCUAAUGCUCAAGAUGGCCAGCACAUCUGGCCCGCCUCACACAGGCUUGGCAUCUCAGGAGGCAUCUUUCUGCCCAGUGAUGCUGUCUCUUGGUUUCUAGGGAGCAAGAUGCUUCUUAUAACAGUUUGUCUAUUUUCUCCAUUGUAUCUAGAAAAAAACAUGGUAGACACGUGAAAAACACUUCUGUAAGAGCCAAAUUAUUUUCCAGGAACCCAACAAGUAGAAGACCACCACUAACACGGACACUUAGAAGAGAAUUACAGAGGAGGAACUAGUAGCACUUCAGCAAGACUGGCGGAAUACGCCAUUAAAGUCCGUCUUGAUUCUCAGAUCUGUGACCUGGGCUUCGAAACCGCUUUUUCUCGUCUGUGGCCCUAACCGAGUUUCUGUCUGAGGACAAAAACAAUGGUGGUAAAACCAGUGGCAACAUGCGACGAAGAUCUGAGAGCCCACAGAGACCUUCCAACCAUCACGGGCCAUUACCGCUGUUCUUGGCUGCCCCUCAGAACUUGAUGGUAACGCCCUGUUGCUGAAGACACCAGGUACGUCGGUCGCAUGACGUGUAGAAAUCUAGUUAGAACUGAGUUGGGAGCUUCCUCCCCGCUGGUUAGCUUUCAUAGAGCUAGGAGGUGCCAUGCAGGCUGUUGGGGGAGAGAAGCCAUCAGCAAUCUUACCCCGUUAUAAAGCUUGUGAGCCACAGUUAGGAUCUGCCAGGCAAGGGUGGCAUGACUGUUACAGGGGCAGCCAACUGCUUUCUGAUGGGACUGAGUAUGCCUCACAGGACAGAACUUGCUCCAGGUGCUAUAAACCUUAUCAAGAGCCUGGGGUCAGGGAGGCCACAGGCCCUAGUAGGGACCCACUACAGCUGUUUUGUUAAAUGGCCAUGUUGUCAAACUGCCUCCGACGUACGUUUAUAUCUACAGAUCUGUGCUACCCUUGUCCUUGUUCAGAGAAGUGUCUUACUGCAAUGGGCAGCAACGGAAACAGAAUCCUAAUUGACCGAAGUGCGGAGAAUGAAUGAUGGUGGCGUGCGUCUCCCUAAACAGAACAUGUACAUCGGUUACUCCUAGGUUCAGGGAGCAUCAUAGGAGGGGAAAAGAUAAUGUGAGAGCCAGAGGAUGGGAGAUAUGUGGCAAAAAGACAUUUUGGGCCAUGACAGAACUGCAUUCAUGAACUCACUACAGCUGUGGUUAUCUACACGAGACCUGCAUGAGACCAGGCCAGGCAGCAUUUAAUCGUGGAUAGGAAAGGGGCCUCUGGGGCCCCAGCCUUCCCUGAAGGACUGUUGGGAAUUUAUGGCUGCCGGGAGUGUUGUUUUCUUUCGUGGAGUAGCUCCAGUGAGUAACUUCCGUAUGUGCUCAUGAAAGUGGCUCUAACUCAACAAAGUGGUUCAACACGCAAAGACAAGACAUGAAAGGGGGCUGGAGGGAUGCUCAGUGGUUAAGAGCACAGUCUGUUCUUCCAGAGGACCUGGGUCCUAUUCCCCGCACCCACAUAGGAGCUCACAACCCUCUAUAUCUCCAGUUCCAGGGCCUCAACAGCCUCUUGUGGCUUCCAUGGGCACUCUGUAUGUGGUUCAAGAUAUGCAUGCAGCAAAACACUAACAUACACAAAACAAAAAUAAAAUAAAUCUUUAAAAAAGAGGAAAGUAGAAAGACAUGUUAGGAAAGAGGAUUUCAGUAGGAGAGAAAGAGGGAUAAGAGAAUAAUGGGAGUAUAAAACCCCUCAAAUAUAUAUAUAUAUAUAUAUAUAUACAUAUAUAUAUAUACAUAUAUAUAUGUCAAAAAAUAAAAAUUGUCAAAGAGUAAAAAAUGUCAAAAAUUUAAAAAAAAUAUAUCCAAUCACCAAGUGCAUCAUUUGCUGAGUUAGGGGCCCUUGGCAGCAUUAGAUAUAGGCUUUUGUGAGAGUCUUCAAACUAUAAAAUAACUUGAGAUAACCUUAGAUUUCCCAUGGAGCUUCACGGGAUCACAGUCAGGAAGCAAUAUAGUAAGAUCGUCACCCAGUCUUCAUGCAAAGUCCUGUCUUCAUAUCACAGCUCAAACCUGAUGGAGUGUGGUGGGGUGCAAGCUAAUGCCACGCUGUUCGCUCUGCUUUGAGUCUCCAUCUGCAUGUCUGCAUGGUAACUCACACCGCUGGCACGAUGUACGCUUUCUGUGCAGUCAAGAACAGAACGCCCCCGUCACACAGGCUGCCUGCAGUCCUGGUAACGGUCACUGGUGCUUAUCUCCAGGACCCUGUGGCCUUUGACUAGACUGAUUCCAUCUUUGCUCAGAGGUCUAGUCGCCUCCUUUUCCCGCAGAGUGGACUAGCCCGCCCACUCUGCCUUCUGUGCUGUCACACUUCAGUCUACAGGGAAGGGGGCUCCCUCCUGUGCAGCCGCCAUCCACAACCUGCCAGGAAGAGAGAGCAAGCACAUGCCAAACCUCGCUCAGGACAGCCCUUCAGACCUUCAGUAUGUCUCUGUUCUCACCUGCCUCUCUGUGUCUGCUGCUCCUCUCUCCCUCUCUGCCAUUUGACAAAGACUCCCUCCCGAUGCCCGGGGUAGUUCUGCUUCUGCCCCCAGCUUACAUCUCAAACUUAACAAAACCAAAGGCUAAUGGUAAACCGGUCCCUCGCCCUAAUUAGCAGUUCAGCCACCGUGUUUCCUGGAGUUGCUAAUAAAGUAUUUGCUAGCAAAAUAUAACAAAUAUCUGAGGUGGCAAUAGUGGGGGUUGGGCGGGAGUCCAUUGUCAAUAAAUCGGUUUUUAUCCAUACUACAACUCAAUCACUUGGUGUAUGCCAAAUUUUCCAGGCUUUGACUCCAAAUACAGGUGUUUAUGGCAUGCAUUGGGUGUGUUUGUAUGUGUGAUUUAGGUGUGGUGUAUGUAUGUCAUGCAUGUGUUCUGUGGGGCAUUUAUGUGUUGUGUGUAUUGUUCACGUGUGGUAUGUGUGUUGUGUGGUUUAUGUACCAUGUGGUAUGUGUAGUGUGGUGUGUGCAGUACAGAAAUGUGUGGUGUAUGCGUCAAUGGGACUGGUGUGUGUCUGGCGUGAUAUGUAUGCUUAGUGAGUAUGUGGUAUGUAAUGUAUGUGGUGUGGGGAUAUGGUGUGUGUCAGAAGAUGUUGUGUGUUGUCUGUAGUAUGGUGUGGCAUAUAUGUGGUACAGGCUAUGGUCUAUGUGAUAGGAAAAGUAUGUUGUGUAUUGUAGCUAGAGUUUUCCUGCCUUGUCCACAGUCAGGACAAAUCUUUGUCACCCGCCAGUCCCACAG